AAUCUCCGAAUGUUCCACAUGAUACUUUGGUCUUCCGACCUUUUACCACCGUGACGAUUUAUUUUGAUUAAUAUGUGCGAGGGAGAGAGAGCAAGACAGCGCUUAGUCGACGGUGAAGUCUUGUUUACACUUUCGCUUGGCCCCGUGCGCCACCGGGUCUCUCUCUCUGCUCGUUCUUUCAGUUAAACACGCGCCAUGUCACGCGCAGCAGUUCAUCUACAUUACUCACCGAUCAAAUAAGACUUUGGCGGGACACAAAUUAACUUUGGCGGGCACUAAAACAAGUUCAAUGCAGGAAAAUUCAUGCGUGAAUUUAACCGAGUACAUGACCAUGCACUUGCACAAAUGCGACCACAUAAAAUUUUAACUCGCACAUUCUCAAAAAAUGAUCGCAUAUGUGACUAUUUUGGUCGCAGUCUGGAACCCUGCCACCCCAGGUAAUAAGUGUCAAAACACAUCGUAAGUGGGGUGGGAACAGGAUGCCAAACGCCACAGUUGAACCUUCUAGAGGUGUCAGGACUAUAUUUCUAUCACUAAAGAUAUGAAGAAAGGUGCCUGCUUAAAAUGCUUACAAAGAUUGUUGUUACUAUUAAUUCCUAAUGCUCAGAAUCUUUCCCUGUAUAAAACUGAAAUACGGUACCACCACUUUUACACACUGCUUUAAAUACAAAGCACAUCAAUAGAAGAUUACAAUCACAAAUGUAAUAUUGUAUAGUAUAUAAGACAUAAUUAUCCACAUAGCCUCCCGUAGCAGAACUCAUUUCAGGUAUUUUAUACUGUACCUUUCAAGGCUUUCACCACUUGACUACUGACACAUAAUGGCUGUUCCACGCUCUCUCCACUUGCCUCAGUAGCCCCUGAGGUGUCCUAUAUUUAAAAGAAUAAAAAAAUAAUUCAAAUCAUAAGGAUUUGCAUGGCAAUGUUAUACUUGCAAAAAACGGUUUGGAGAACCUGCUGAAAGAUUAUGCUUAAAAAUACAUUAGAAUAACUAUAACACAGUCCAAAUGUUUUUGUUGUUUUGUGUAUGGUCUGAAACAACAUACGGUUGGUUGAGAAUUCUCUGGGUUAUCGAACAAAUCCACAUUUGUGUCCACGGUUUCUGCUUGAACUUCCUCCUCACUAUGUAAUGGAUUGGUUCUGCAUGGAGUGGAGUGGAGUGGUUUCCUCAGUGUAUCCUUCAGCUGAGUGAGGAUCCUCUCCUUUGCAAGCUUUUUUUGUCUCUGAACCAAAUAAAAACUAUGUUAUAUACAACGUACAAAACAGCGAAGGGCCAACAGGACAUCUGUACGUUAAGUCUACAAACCACUGACAUUUAAACAAUACCAUAGAUAUUCCAAUUUGUAAUAUCUCUGUAAUAAUCAGGACAUUUCAUAAUAGGACUGCAAAAUCACCAACAUUAGGGCAAUUAUAUAAAAAAAAAUCAUUUGUUGCGCAAUAUUACGGUAAAUACUUACUUUUACUUUGUCAUAUUGUCGUUUCAUCUCAAUGUCUGUUUCGUCGUCAGAACUUUCUAAAUGUUUUUUUUUUCUGGAGCAAAGACAAAAACACAUUACACGGCAUUCUUAAACACAUUUUCACUUGCAAACAAAACAAUUGAGUUUGCAUUUUCGAAAAAAAACCGCCAUUGUAGUUUAAAAUUUCAAUUUAAAAGAACAUUCCUUGCCGAUUACGACCCCUCCCUGUCAAUCAUGGCAUCAAGGAGGGGCCAGCGUUCAGAAACGUUUCUGUGUCAUUGCAAGACAGACAAGGGGAUAUCAUUUUAAUUUCAUUUUGUAUAAAGUUAGCUGGCUGCAGCAUCUUGUAACUUACUUAAGCCACCGGCAGCACACUCAUUUUGACUCUCAUGUUUAAACAUGUGAGCCAAAAUUUCUGAAGAUGGAUUAAGUAUUUAUCCAACUUACUGAACAAACGUCAGCACUAAACUGCAUUUAAUCAUUAAUAGUUCAUGCAUGUUAUCAAAUUCAACAAGUUAUACCUACUCGUGGUGGAGCGCUAGCUCCUGCUGCCUUGACGUUCGCCAUUUCGCGCCAGUGUAACGGACGGACUGUGGCCCAUAGAGGUUGUGAUUGGCCGAAAUUGUUAGAGACGUCUGAUUGGCUACGGAAAAUUAUUUUGCAAAAAAAAAAUCACAUUUGAUUUGAGGAUAAAGCCCGGUCAGAGUGUGUCAAGAACUAUUCAAUAAUGAAUUGUGUGGCAGUUUUUUAAAAGCACAAAAUAUAUUUGAGAUUCGUGAUCAACCAGAUAUGCAAUGAUGGCGCACAAAAGAAGAUAUAAAGAAUACAUACUUGAUGAUUCGAGCCAACCAUCAAAGUCCACGAAAUAUCAACGGAUAACAGCAUCUGAGGUAAUUUUGUUUCCUGCUAGGCUUAACGACAACGUAUUAUUUUUAUUAUUAUUAUUAUUAUUAUUAUUAAGGCAUAACAGUGCUUUGUUUAUUACAGAAUUAUUUAAAGUGCCGAGUGAAUUACAAGAACUAUCGCAAUUGCCCAUCCUCCCACAAAGAAAAGAGACGAGUCUUAAAAGAGUGGCAUAAUCUAGCUGUCCCAGAAUGCUCCUCAUGAAGGCCCUCUCACAGAAAGUGCAAGAAGUCAAACAGCAGGACUACAGCAUGAGCAGGACACACAAAACAACAAAUCCUCAGAGACAAAAACUGCUUGUAAUACAACCACCCAUGUCUCGCCCACUGGCUGUUGUAUGGCUCAUUACAGUCUGACAGUGAGGCAGCCUGGAGACAGUCCCACUCAGUGCAAGUGAUGGAAUCACCCUCCACGUCAGACCAAGCCAGCCCUUGGACUCACAUAAGUGGGGACCAACAGGAUAUACAAAUGCUAACAGAAUUACAGGACAUAUCCUGUACACAGCCAGAAGAGAACAUGUCUGUUCCAACUGCUGACCAGUAUGAGCCAAACGAAAAGGUAUGGCAGGACAUAUCCUGGACACAACCAGAAGAGAAUAUGUCUUUUCCAACUGCUGACCAGCUUGUUUUAUUGCAGGCCCAUUGACAGAUGGAGAUGAUCCUGUGUAUCCCGGCGCACCUCUGACAAAAGGACAAAGUUUACUGUUGCUUAUGUCCUUUGUACUAAGGCACAAUCUUACAGCUGUUUCACUGGACCAUCUACUGAGAAUUUUCAACGAGCAUUUUCCAGGCAUGGUACCAGUGACCACAUAUCUUUUCCGAAAAGCUUAUGGUCAGUAUGGAAAUUAUGAACCCCAUUUCUACUGUCCUACAUGUGAAAACUACUUAGGGAAAAGUACUGGUGAGCUACAGUGUGACAUUUGUCACACAGUAACUGAUUCAGAUAGCUCUCUUAAAAGUGGAUGCUUUUUCCUGGUUCUUAGUUUGGCCUCACAGAUCCAAACAUUGCUUGAGGAAAAACAAACAAUUUUUCAAAAAGAUUGGCUGAUUUCAGAUACAAUUUCAGACAUCCAAUGUGGAGAAGAGUAUCAGAAAUUUAAGGAAUCUGGUGCAAUGGGUGAGGAUGACAUAUCUUUAAUUUGGAACUGUGAUGGAAUCCCACUGUUCAGGAGCUCCAAGUACCAGAUCUGGCCCAUACAGUGCCAAGUUAUAGAGCUUGAGCCUAGAGAACGCAAGGCAAAUAUCUGUCUUCCAUGUCUUUGGUUUGGUGAAAAAAAGCCCUACAUGCUCACAUUUUUGAGGCCAUUCGUAGAUGAACUGUCAAUUCUACAGAAAGAUGGAAUUAAAUGGAAAGAUUCAGCAAACAUAGAGCACACUUCCAAGGUUUUUGAUCUCAUAUGUAGUUCUGAUUCAGUUGCCCGCCCACUUCUAAGGAACACUAAACAGUUCAAUGGUUUUUAUGGGUGUGACUUCUGUUACCAUGUUGGGGGAGGUCCCUACACAAGUAAAGCCCCUGUGCCAAAACUUAGAACUGAAGUAGAGCACUUUGAUCACGCAUUGGCCGCAACACUUGAGAAAACUGUAAUGGGAGUAAAAGGACCUUCACCUUUAAUGAAACUUGAAAACUUUCAAAUGAUAAAUGGAUUUGUUCCAGAGUAUCAACACUGUGUCUGCCUUGGGGUUACAAUGCAACUAGCUAAUCUGUGGUUUGACUCCAGAAAUCAUGAACAAGAGUGGUACAUAGGAACAAAAUCAGACCUUCUAGACAAAGAGCUAGUUACAUUCAAACCACCUGUUGAGAUAAUCAGAGUACCACGAUCUGUGGCAGACAGAAAGUACUGGAAGGCAUCAGAGUGGAGGUCGGUCCUCCUAUUCUAUGCUCUGCCUCUUCUGAAUGGGGUUUUACUGAGGAAAUUCUGGAACCACCUUUUUCUGUUUGUGUUUGCUAUGCAUAUUCUGUUGGGAGAAAAAGUGAAACGCUGUGAUAUUGAUGUAGUAGAAAGAUCUCUCAGAAAGUUCACUUUGCAGUUUGAGAAGUUGUAUGGAGCAGCAAAUAUGACUUUCAAUGUUCGUCUACUGACACACAUUACAACAAGUGUUAGGAAUUGGGGGCCUCUGUGGGCCACAUCAACCUUUUCCUUCGAAUCAUUUAAUGGCACUCUGUUAAAGUACUACCAUGGAACCACCCAUGUUCCUGAACAAAUUGUUAGAAGGUUUCUUUGCUGGAGAAGUCUAAUGCAGAAAGCUGAAAAGGUGAUGGCAGAUGCAAAUGAUGGUGUUAAAAAGAUUUUUUCUGGUUUACUUAGCAGCCAUUUACAUUCUUGUAAUUCAGCCAGCCUCAAUGAAAAUGUCAGGGUUUUUGUCAAACCCUGUCAUGGUAAACUAUCACUACCCCAAUCAUCUGCUGUCAAAAAGUUGCUGGGUGUUACAGUCAGUCAAUGUGUAUUUUAUCAUCGUUUCAUUGUAAAAGGAAUACUGUACCAUUCAAGCAGUUACAGAAAAGCAGUUAAAAAAAGGAUAAACUCAACAGUAGAAUUACUGGAUGGACGACUGUGCAGAAUUCUUAGCUUGUUAGUAUUCAGUCAAUCAAUGCACUGUGUAUUGGUUAGGGAGCUCAAGAAUACCGGUAAACUGCUCUGCAGGGACAGUGAGCUAAACAUUACUUCAACUUUUGUUUCUGAGGUGUUGCAGUCCAACAAUGUAUGUGCGGUUCCCACUGAUCUGUUGUACAGAAAAUGUGUUUUGAUAGAAGCAAGAGCCAAAAACUAUGUUAUUCCACUCCCAAAUAAUAUAGAGAGAGAUUAAAUAUGAACUGAUAACACACUACUAUUAAUGUGAGAUGACUUACAGACUACUGUACUUAUAAUCCAAGCCUGCAAGUUUUUUUUUUUAAAUGUUAUGCAAUACAACGCAAACAGUUAGAAAAAUACAGUUGUCAUGCCUGUCCUAAAUAUUAACUCACAGACUGUGCAGUGUUAAGUGUUUUUUUUUAUUACUGUGAAAUGAGUCAAUUAUUCUAAUAUCUGUUUUCUUUUUAAUGACAAUAAAUGUGGAAAACUGUCAUUUUGUACUGCAAAAGCACUUUUAUGUAACAAGCUUAA